AUGCCGGGGCCGGAUGUGAGAGCCAAUGACAAUGUUCUCGGCGAAAUGUCGACAGAGCCCACGGCGACUGUACACAGCGGCGUCGAUGCAAAAACCGAAAGGAAAUUGACUGUAUUAGAAACACAUGGAUAUGUUCUAGGCAGAACUAUCGGAUCAGGAUCAUAUGCCACGGUUAAGGUGGCUACCAGUGACAGGCACAAUUGUCAAGUGGCCAUAAAAAUAAUAAGCAAAUUUCAAGCACCAGGAGAUUACCUGAAGAAGUUUCUGCCGAGAGAAAUAGAAGUUGUAAAAGGCUUGAAACAUGAAAAUCUCAUUCGGUUCCUUCAAGCAAUUGAAACAACGCAUAGGGUGUACAUAGUAAUGGAGUAUGCUGAGAACGGCAGCUUACUGGACAUAAUACGCAAGGACCAGCAUAUUGACGAAAUCCGCGGCCGCCGUUGGUUCCGACAACUGGUCGAAGCGGUAGAAUAUUGUCAUGAGCGAGGGGUUGUUCAUCGGGAUAUAAAAUGCGAAAAUCUCCUUAUGGACCACGGUUUAAACAUAAAGCUGUCGGAUUUCGGAUUUGCGAGGGGCCAUAUGAAACCGAAGAACGGCGUGUAUGCACUAAGCGAAACAUUUUGCGGAAGUUACGCCUACGCUUCCCCUGAGAUCCUGAAGGGAGUCCCUUACCGUCCUCAGGAUUCUGACAUUUGGAGUAUGGGCGUCGUUCUAUACGCCAUUGUGUAUGGACGCCUACCGUUCGACGACACAAAUUACACACAGCUGCUAAAGCAAGUCCAGAAUAAAGUCUCGUUUCCUCGCGAACCUAAGGUAUCUGCGGAUUGCCGUAAGCUAAUCACAAAGAUCCUGUCACCACUCAAGGUGCGCGUCAAGAUUCCACAGAUACUUGCCGACCCCUGGCUUAAUCCUAAUCAGCCAGCAAAAGACGAAGAGGUAGACACCGCACAGGAAACUGAAAAAAUCAGGGACGAUGUAAUCAAAAGCGUGAAUAUUGGAACAGUGACAUUUGAUAGAAAAUUAGAAGAAGUAAAAUAACAUUUGUUUUAUUUUUUCCAACGGAAAUGUUUAUAUAAAUAUGACGAAGAUGCGAUGAAUAUAAAAUUGAAUUUUACAUCAUUUUAGUUAAGUCGUUUUACUGUUACUUUGUAUAGUUGUUCCCCUAAGUAUGGAAACACCUUGAGAUUGUGUGGAUUUGGCAGAAUAGAUUAUGAAGAUAUUGCAGGAAUACUAUAACCAGAACUCACUUUUUUAAAUGCGCGCCACAAUCUUGUCUAUGGUUAUACGUCCGGAAACUCGGACAGAUGGCGUUAAUGCACCCCAAUAAACGUACUGAUAUUUGGAUCCCAAAUAAGUUGCUAUUUUAACUAUUCUGUGCUUUAAUAAUUCAGCAACUACAUUUCCAAUAUUUUAUUAAGUAGCUAUAUUAUUUUUAUAUGUAGUAAAUUACCAAACUCAUUAAAUAUACUUUUGAUAUAUUUUCAUUGUAAUUGAAAA